AUGACAGAACAAGUCCAGUUUAGAAUAAUAGUCGGCUCUUACGAGCACAACUUAUUAUGCCUUUCGUUGAUUCUCCCUACUGGCCAGAACACAUCCGAAGCAGUCUUCCAGCCGAUUUUCCAUUUCCAGGCACAUUCGCUCAGCAUCAAGGCCAUUGACGUUGCCAAGAGAUACCUAGUGACCGGUUCAAAUGACGAACAUAUCAAGAUCUACGAUCUACAGAAGAGAAAGGAGCUGGGAACGCUUCUUGAACACAACGGUACCAUCACCGUGCUGAGGUUCUCGAAGGAGAAUAGAGGACUAGAGAAAGAAGAGGAGGACUCUGAAAAACGUGUUGUUCACAAGGACGGCAAAUGGCUUCUUUCUGCUUCUGAAGACGGCAGAAUUGUGAUUUGGGGUACCAAAGACUGGGAGAAGUUUGGAGUGUUGAAGGGACACACUAAGAGAAUCAACGACCUUUCGAUCCAUCCCACCGGAAGAAUUGCCGUGAGUGUUUCUGAUGACAUGACCGUGAGACUAUGGAAUCUCAUGACUGCGAAGAAGGCCUCUGUGUUGAAGCUGAAGGGUAGAGACACUCUUGGCCAGGCAGGCGAGUUUGUGAGGUUUUCCGCUGAUGGUGAGCACUUUGUGGUUGGUUUGCUGAAUAAGAUCUUUUUCUAUGAGACGAGGCAAGCCAAGAUCUUGAAGACGUUCAACUUCACCAAGAGUCUGAUGCGCAUGGACCUUGAGGUGGUGAAUGGGAUUGAGUAUCUUAUCACUGCCCACAAUGACGGAACCGUACAGUUCUUCAAAUUCGCGAUUGAUGAUCUCAAGGAGGAGCCUGAUUUCAAGCUCCAGGGCCAUGCGACCAGAGUGAAAGACUUUAGCAUUUAUCACAGUGGAAACAACUCUUAUCUGGUAUCUGUUUCGUCUGAUGGAAAGAUCGUGGUGUGGGAUCUACAGACCAAAGAGCAAGUUGCAGUCUAUGACUCUGGUGAAAGAUUGAACGUGUGUUGCGUUGUCGAAGAGAGUGUGGAGAAGCCCGAGACCAUGAGAAAGCUUGUGGAGCAAGCUGAUACCAAUUACAGCGAACAUGAGAGCGAUUACGAGAGCGAUGGAGAGCGUCUGAAGGAGAUGAUGAAAUCAAAGAAGAGUAAGAAGAGCAAGAAGGGAAAGAAGAAGCGCGAUAAGCAGAUUACAGUGGAGAUCAAAUAG